AUGACUUCCAUCAGCGAGCCUACAACACGGGAAUGGAUCGAUUCUCUAGUCGCACCGGGCAUGCUCUUAGUUUGGGCUAUGUCUUACUACGUCAAAGUCAACCUGGAGGCCGUCUUCAAGCGGGGCCAAGUACUUGCGCCCUUGCUCCAAGCAAGCAGACUUCGAGAUGAAGCUUUUGGGAAAUUCUGGGUCCAAUUCAGCUCCAAUCGCCAGGAAGCAGUAAAAAACGCGCAAUCUUCACCCGAUCAAACCAAUAUGCAGCCUCAGAUUCAAAGCUCCUCAGACCUGAUCCCGCCUAUUUUAGCGCACACAUCAGGCAUUGUUCUCGAUGUGGGUCCUGGAUCAGGUACUCAGAUGCCUCUUCUACGCUCUCCUGCUAUCAAAUCCAUCUACGGCGCCGAGCCCUGCCACGGACUCCACGAGGAGUUGCGCGCGCGAGCGGAAUCCGAAGGUCUCGGUGCAAAGUACCACAUCCUCCCUUGCAGCGUCGUCGGGUCGGAGCUGGGCCCCGCCUUGCGCAAACAAGGUCUCGACGAGGACCACGGUGUUUUCGACACUAUCAUCUGUGUGCGUGUUCUCUGCUCCGUGCCACACCUGCAACAGACUGUAAAUGAACUCUACGCUUUGCUCCGUCCCGGUGGGAAACUGCUUAUUGCCGAACAUGUUGUCAACCCGUGGCGAACGCCGAAGGGAUCUAUCGUGGCGAGGGCACUUCAGACCGUGUAUGGUGUUCUGGGGUGGAGUUGGGUCAUGGGUGAUUGUCGCUUGAAUCGUGAUACGGAGAAGGCAUUGCGCGCCGCUGGUGAGUGGGAAUCUAUCGACUUGGAUCAUUGGUUUGGUCACUCGCCUUGGCCCUAUAUCGCGGGGGUUUUGGUGAAGAAUAGUAGUGUAUAUAUACCUUGA